AUGGAUGGUCACACUGAAGUUGGGUCAAGCUCACAAGCAGAUAACACUUACAGCACUCAAAGUGAAGAGCAGUCCAGAGUAAGAGACCUUGCUGAGUCAGAGGACAGUGCACAGAAAAAUGAUAUGCUUCAGCAAGCCAUGAAAAAUGGGUCUAAAGACUUGCAUGAACUUGCUGAAAAAGCCACCUUUAUGCUGAAAGUCAUUGGUGGUGGCAUAACUCGGCAGUCAUACUCACUUUUCCUCGCUGAUCUUUACCAUAUCUACUUAGCUAUGGAAGAGGAAGUAAAUAAACAACAUCCAAUUCUGGGGGCUGUCUACUUCCCAGUCCAGCUAAACCGCAAGCAGGCCAUUGAAAAAGACCUGGAAUUUUUCCUUGGCACAGAGUGGGCAAAAAAGGCCAAGUGUACUUUUGCUGCACACAAAUAUGUGGAGCGCAUCCGGUAUCUAGGGAGGACUGACCCUGCAGCACUCAUUGCUCAUUGCUAUGGCCGGUAUCUAGGGGAUCUUUCUGGUGGCCAAAUCCUUCGCUACAAGCUCAGCAAGCACCUGAAUCUCAAAUUGAAUAAUAACGACAACAGCGAUGAGAACAAUGAUGGGCUUAGCUUUUACAGGUUUGAAAAUAUUGAUAACUUAAAAAAGUUCAAGGAUUUCUACUCUGGCCGUUUAAACGGUCUCAUUUUGGACACGGAGACAUUUCAGAAAAUUGUGAAUGAAACACGAGUAAUGUUUCAGCUCAACAUAGACCUGUUCACGGAGAUGGACAUUUUAGCUGAGAUUAUUCCAGGAGGCUACAGCAGCAGCAGCAAGUUUGGUACUGAUCAGGAUGUUUCUCGCAAUUCUUAUGUAAGUCUAGAUGGCAGUAGCAAUGUUACAGAUGGGACUAAGUCCUCUGAAACCUUGAAGCCAUCAUCUUUGCCAUUGCAAUUUUUUGAAAAAGCUUGGCUGGUCUCCACUUGCGCUUUGUUUGCUGCUACAAUUAUGAGUUUUAUGUUUACUAACUGA